AGGGUGUCUGAGCAGCAUUUAAAUACUGGGAGGUCCUGGUUGUCAGCAGCAAGAGGAGGAGACACCGAGUGCAGCACCUUCUGGGACUGGACUCUCCUCUCAGACCCGCGGCAGCCUUCUCAGCCAGCAGCAGACCCAGGAAAAAUCACCACCAUGAGAAUUGCAGUGAUUUGCUUCUGCUUAUUAGGCAUCACCUACGCCCUUCCAGUUAAACAUGCUGAUUCUGGCAGCUCUGAGGAAAAACAGCUUUACAACAAACACCCAGAUGCUGUAGCCACAUGGCUAAAGCCUGACCCAUCUCAGAAGCAGAGUCUCCUAGCACCACAGAAUACGGUAUCCUCUGAAGAAACUGAUGACUUCAAACAAGAGACUCUCCCAAGUAAGUCCAAUGAAAGCCAGGACCACACAGAUGAUGUGGAUGAUGAUGAUGACGAAGAUCAUGUGGAUAGCCAAGACUCCAUCGACUCAAAUGACUCAGAUGACGAUGAUCAUACUGAUGACCCUGACAAUUCUGACGAGUCUCACCAUUCUGAUGAAUCUGAUGAACUGGUCACUGACUUUCCCACUGACUUUCCUGGAACCCCUUUUGCCACUCCAGCUGUCCCCACAAUAGACACAAAUGAUGGCCGAGGUGAUAGUGUGGCUUAUGGACUGAGGUUAAAAUCUAAGAAGUUACACAGAUCUGUCAUCCAGUAUCCUGAUGCUACAGAGGAAGACCUUACGUCACACAUGGAAAGCGAUGAGAUGGAUGAUGCACACAGGGCCAUCCUUGUUGCCCAGGGCCUGCCCGUAGCUUCUGAUUGGGACCGCCGUGGGAAGGACAGCCAGGAAACAAGUCAGCUGGAUGACCACAGUGUGGAAACCCACAGCCACGAGCUUGCCAAAGAAUAUAAGCUGAAGGCAAUGGAUGCAAGCAAUGAGCAUUCUGUUGGGAUUGAUAGUCAGGAAAAUUCCAGAGUCAGCCACGAGUUCCACAGCCGAGAACUGCAGAGCCAUGAAGACAAACUGGCAUCAGACCCCCAGAGUGAGGAACAAGACAAACAUCUCAAAUUUCGCAUUUCUCAUGAAUUAGAAAGUGCAUCAUCUGAGGUCAAUUAAAAAAAGAAAAAUACAAUUUUCUGCUUUUAGUUAAAAGGGAAAAAUACAUUAUAACGAGGUGGGAGACAAUAUGAAAUGCUUAUUUCUCAGCUUAGGUGGUGAAUGUAUAUGUACGUGAAUCUGGAAUAGAUAAUGUUUUUAAUCAAUAGUUUAGUGUGUGGCUUCAUGUAACAACUUCGUAAACUAAAAGCUUAGAUGUUCUCUCCAUAUAAGUAAUGCAAAUUAACACUGUAUUUUAAUGUUUGCUAUUCUUUUACAAAUAGAAAUUUAUGUAGAAGCAAAGAACAUGCUUUUUGCAGAAGCAAACGAAAUACUUUUACACAAUUAUAAGAGAACAUAAAAUUUAGUCACUAUAAUUGUUUGUUUUUCAAAUUAGUGUACAUUUUGUUGUGAUUAUUUUUGUUUACACGAAUAAAUCUUUUAUCUCGAAUGUAA